UUAUUCCAGCUGAGUUUUCUUGUAUAAUUUCCACAACUAAAGGUCUGAACCAGCUGGUGCAAUGUCAUUCUCCGUGUACCGGCACACCGCACGCAACUGGAAAUAACUGCAUCGGCGCGGUAUACAAAGGUCCUGUUGCUGUGUGCCCCUCCACGUUCCCCCGGAAACAUGGCUGUUGUGCGGCAGUUCCGCCUCCUUUUGUGGAAGAAUUACAUCCAGCAGAAACGUCAGAUUGUGGUGACGGUCAUCGAGAUCGCCCUCCCGCUGCUCUUCGCUGCCAUCCUGAUCGCUCUGAGGCAGCGCGUCCACUCCACCACCUUCCCCAACGUCACCUCCUUCCACAACUUCUCUAUCGCAGCCCUCCCCCAGCCCCUGGGCUGGGAGAAUCUAGAGCUGGCCUUCAUCCCCGGCAAUGUGAGCACGGUGCGAAGCCUCGCCGGCGACGUGGGGAAGCAGUUCAAACCCGGGCUGAGAGCUCGUUAUUUCGAUACGGAAGCCGAGUUUGAGAAUUCUGUCCGGGAGGAUCCUGAAUUGGGGAAUAUCCUGGCUGCAGUGGUGUUUGAGCACCCGUUCAGUCACAGGGAUGAGCCUCUGCCUCUGCAGGUGAGCUACCACCUGCGCUUCAAGUACAGCCCUCGAAACGCCCCGGCACAGGAGAGGACGAGGCUGAACCCCAACAGUGACCGGGACUGGCACACCCACAAGCUCUUCCCCCUGUUCCAGCUCCCUGGACCCAGGGAACGGGAUUACAACCAAGGGGGCACUCCAGGGUACUACAGAGAGGCCUUCCUGGCGGUCCAGCAUGCGGUGGACCGGGCCAUCAUCGGCUCAUACGGAAACGGGUCCAGAGCAGCUCUGCUGGAGAAGGUCUCGGUCAGCCUUGCCCGGUUCCCCUUCCCCCCCUUCAUCAACGACGUCUUCAUCCUGGCCAUCCAGAACCAGCUGCCCCUGCUCCUGAUGCUCAGCUUCACCUACACAGCGCUCAACAUCGUGCGGGCCGUGGUGGAGGAGAAGGAGAGGAAGCUCAAGGAGUACAUGAGGAUGAUGGGGCUCAGUAACUGGCUCCACUGGACAGCCUGGUUCAGCAUGUUCUUCCUCUUCCUGCUCAUCUCGGUCUUCUUCGUCACGCUGCUCUUGUGUGUCAAGGUGAGUCCUAACGGUGCGGUGCUGACCAAUAGCGAGCCCAGCUUGGUCUUUGUGUUCCUGCUGACGUUCGCCUUGUCCACCAUCGCGUUCUGCUUCAUGGUCAGCGCUUUCUUCUCACGAGCGAAUGUGGCGGCCGCGGCGGGGGGCUUCCUCUAUUUCUUAUCCUACAUCCCGUACUUCUUCAUCGCCCCGCGCUACGACCUGCUGUCUCACGCGCAGAAGGUGUCCGCCUGCCUCAUCUCCAACGUGGGCAUGGCCAUGGGGGCGCAGCUUAUCGGGGUGUUCGAGGGGAAAGGGAGCGGGAUCCAGUGGAAUAACCUGCUGGAGCCGGUGAGCGUGGACGAUCCCUUCUCUCUGGCGCAGGUCCUGGGAAUGCUGCUGCUGGACUCGCUGCUUUACGGGCUGCUGGGCUGGUACGUGGAGGCGGUCUUCCCAGGAGAGUAUGGGGUACCCCUGCCCUGGUACUUCUUCAUGCUGCCCUCGUACUGGUGCAGUACUCCACACCAGGCCCUGGUGAAGGAGAAGGAGGAGGAGGAGGAUGCAGAGAAAGCUGUGAAGGGAGAGUUCAUUGAGGAGGAGCCAGCCGGGCUGGUGUCGGGGGUCAAAAUCAAACACCUGGCCAAGGUGUUCAGAGUUGGCAACGUGAAUAGGGAGGCGGUGCGAGACCUGACCCUGAACAUGUAUGAGGGGCAGAUCACAGUCCUGCUGGGACACAACGGGGCUGGGAAGAGCACCACGUUGUCCAUGCUGACCGGCCUGUUCCCCCCAACAAGCGGCCGUGCCUACAUCAACAGCUAUGACAUCUGCCAGGACAUGGCCCUGAUCCGCCGCAGCCUUGGCCUCUGCCCUCAGCACGACGUCCUCUUCCACAACCUCACCGUCCAGGAGCACCUCCAGUUCUUCGCACAGCUGAAAGGGUAUCCUCGAAAGAAGACCCCAGAAGAGGUGGAGCGGAUCUUGCAGAUCCUCAAUCUGGAGGACAAGCGGCAGUCCCGGUCCAAGACUCUGUCUGGGGGGAUGAAGCGGAAACUGUCCAUCGGGAUCGCACUCAUCGGAGACUCCAAGGUGGUGAUGCUGGAUGAGCCCACAUCGGGGAUGGACCCUGCUGCCCGGCGGGCCACGUGGGACCUGCUACAGAGCCAGAAGCGCGGCCGCACCAUCCUGCUGACCACGCACUUCAUGGACGAGGCUGACCUGCUCGGGGACCGCGUCGCCAUCAUGGCAGAGGGGGCGCUGCAGUGCUGCGGCUCAGUGCUCUUCCUCAAGAACAAGUAUGGUGCUGGCUACCACAUGGUGAUCGUGAGGGAGCCCCUGUGUGACGUGCCGGAGAUCACGCGGCUGGUGAAGACGUACGUGCCCAACGCCUCCAUGGAGAGCAGCGCCGGCGCAGAGCUGUCCUACAUCCUGCCCAAGGAGAGCACUCACAGGUUUCAGCUGCUGUUUGCUGAGCUGGAGAUGAAGCGGGCGGAGCUGGGCAUUGCCAGCUAUGGAGCGUCGGUCACCACGAUGGAGGAGGUGUUCCUCAGGGUGGGGAAGCUGGUGGACUCCAGCCUGGAUAUCCAGGCCAUUCAGCUGCCAGCCCUGCAGUACCAGCACGAGCGGCGCUCACAUGACUGGAGCAGGGACGACGCCAGCAGCCUGAGCGGUAUUACCGGCAUCACUGACAACAGCGGAACACUCGCCUCGGAGGACUGCUCCAACAUCAAACUCAACAUGGGGGCGAUGCUCUUCCUGCAGCAGUUUUACGCCAUGUUCCUGAAGAGGGCGCUGUACAGCUGGCGCAACUGGAAGGUCAUGGUGGCUCAGUUCCUGGUGCCGCUGGUCUUCACCGUGCUGGCACUGGUCGUGGCACGCACCUUCCCCGGGGCCAACGACUCCCCUCCACUGCGUCUGGCCCUUAGCCACUACGGCCCCACCACUGUGCCCGUCGCCCUUGAGCCCGGGGCCAGGUCCUUCGCCGCGGCCCUGGCUGCAGCCUACACCGGGCAGCUCCCGGACCAGCUGGGGCAGGCCAGGAACAUCUCCAACCUUCCAGAGUAUGUGUUACUGGCCUCAGCGGAGGAGGGAGGCGCCUUUAACGAGCACUGCGUGGUGGGUGUGUCCUUCGGCGAGGGGAGCGCUCAGGUGACGGCCACGGCGUACUUCAACAACCAGGGGUACCACACGCCUGCAACUGCCUUGAUGCUGCUCGACAACGCCAUCUACAGGCUGGUGGCGGGACCCAACGCCUCCAUCAGCACAGGCAACCACCCCCAGCCACGCAACAUCUCCGAGGCUGCGCACGACCAGAUCACCGAGGGUCAGACCGGUUUUGCCAUUGCCAUUAACCUGAUGUACGGGAUGGCAUCUCUGUCGAGCACUUUCGCCCUGCUGAUGGUCACCGAGCGAGCGCUCAAGGCCAAGCACGUGCAGCAGGUCAGUGGCGUCUACGUCUCCAACUAUUGGCUGUCUGCCCUGCUGUGGGACCUCAUCAACUUCCUGCUGCCCUGCAUGCUCAUGCUGGUGGUGUUCAGAGCCUUCGACGUGCGGGCGUUCACGCAGGACUACCACCUGGGGGCGCUGCUGCUUAUCCUGCUGCUGUAUGGCUGGGCGGUCAUCCCUCUCAUGUACCUGCUGAGCUUCCUGUUCUCUACCGCCGCCACAGCCUACACCCGCCUCACCAUCUUCAACAUCCUGUCAGGCACAGCCACCUUCCUCGCCGUCACCAUCAUGGGCAUCCCCGAGCUGGGUCUGGUGGAUCUGUCCAGGACGCUGGGCAAGGUGUUUCUGUUCUUCCCCAACUACUGCCUGGGCAUGGCCAUCAGUGACUUCUACCAGAACUACGAGUUCAAGCAGUUCUGCACCUCCUCCUUCAUGAGCAAACUCAUCUGCCACAAGUACAACAUCACAUACCAGGAGAACUAUUUUGCGAUGGAGACCCCGGGGGUGGGGCGCUUCCUGCUGUCCAUGUCAGUGCAGGGCGUGGUCUUCAUGAUCCUCAUCUUCAUCAUCGAGAUGCACUUCCUGCAGAGACUGAGGCAGCUGUGCUGUGUGCUGUGCAGGAGGCACAAGAGGGUGGCGGCGGUGAGUGGCGCCGCCCUGCUGCCCGAGGACAGAGACGUGGCGGAAGAGAGGAAGCGCGUCCUCGAGUGCCAGCCGGCGGUGGAGUCCAUGGUGGGGAGCCCCCUGAUUAUGCAGGAGCUCAGCAAGGUGUACAGCAGCGGUGAGACCCUGCUCGCGGUGGACCGGCUCUCGCUGGCCGUCACCAAGGGCGAGUGUUUCGGCUUGCUGGGGUUCAACGGCGCCGGGAAGACCACCACGUUCAAGAUGCUGACGGGGGACGAGACGGUGACCAGCGGAGAUGCCUUUAUCGACGGCUACAGCGUGCUGAGCGACAUCAAGAAGGUCCAGCAGCGGAUUGGCUACUGCCCUCAGUUCGACGCCCUCCUGGAUCACAUGACUGGGCGGGAGACUCUGCGCAUGUACGCGCGGCUGCGGGGGAUUCCAGAGCAGUACGUGGAGGGCUGCGUGGAGAACGUGCUUCGAGCCCUACUGCUGGAGCCCCACGCAGACAGACUGGUGCGCUGCUACAGCGGGGGGAACAAGCGGAAGCUGAGUGCAGGGAUGGCACUGAUCGGGGGCCCGCCCGUCAUCUUCCUGGACGAGCCCUCCACAGGGAUGGACCCGGUGGCUAGGAGACUGCUGUGGGAUGCAGUGACCCGGACCCGCGAGUCAGGCAAGGCCAUCAUCAUCACCUCCCACAGCAUGGAGGAGUGCGAGGCCCUGUGCACCCGGCUGGCUGUCAUGGUGAAUGGACAGUUCAAGUGCCUGGGCAGCCCACAGCACCUCAAGAGCAAGUUUGGCAGCGGCUACACCCUGAUGGCCAAGAUGAGGGUGGAGGUGGAGGAGCAGGACCUGCAGCCUCUCAAGGACUUCAUCGAGAGCACCUUCCCUGAGAGCGUGCUCAAGGAUGAACACCAGGGAAUGGUGCACUACCACCUGACUGACACGACUCUCACCUGGGCUCAGGUGUUCGGGACAAUGGAAGCCGCCAAAGAAAAAUACGCGAUCGAGGAUUACUGCGUGAGCCAGAUCUCCCUGGAGCAGGUAUUCCUGAGCUUCACCCAGUUCCAACAUUGCACAGAGGGGAGCAGAAAAUAGCAGCGCAGCCCCUGCCCCACACACACACCCCUCUGAGGAGAGGCUGGGCAAGGGGAGCCUUGAUGAGAACACCUGGUCUAGACACCUGCAGACCCUCACCGUCCCACAGCCUGAAGAAGGGAAAACCUUUGUUUGAGCAGAGUGCACUAGCAGCAAUGCGGUCCGCUCUCAUGUACUUUAUAUACAAAAUACUUGAUGAAUUAAGAUAUCUGAAGUAUGUUUGGGGGAUUUGCACCUGACUGUACCAUCGGCAUACCUUCGGUUACAGACUCUCCUAGCUUCUUCUCAUUUGGAAACGUCGCCACUAGACUGGAAGUGGUUUAUCUUUAGAACACUUCAGCCUGUAAUCUAAUCCAACUGAUUAUUAUUAAUAUUAUUUUUUUUUAUUUAUUUAUUUAAUUUUUUUAUAUGGUCUUAACUGUUCAGAAGAGAAAUGAGGGAGUUACUUCCUGGAAUUAUCGCUACAAAUUAAUUCAUGUAGAUCAUUUAGCUUCAGUUUAAAAAAGUAGUAUCCUGGAAGCAGCUUUUUUCAAAAAUAUAAAUAAUAAUUUGCAUGAUUCCAUUUCCUUUUCAUGAUGCAUGUUUGGGGUAAAACUACUGAAUGAAUGUAUCUGACAGGCACACUGUGUACAGUAAUUGUGCAGUGCAUGGUAAAGGAGAAAUAUGUGCCCUCUUUCAGCAGCUCAUCAUUUUCAGGUAUUUGUGGAAUUAGUUCACUUAUGCAUUCAAAAGACUUUGAUGUCUGCUUAAGGCCACAUCAAAGAGUUGUGAGUGGGUUAUCUCACUGAGGAUCUGCAGUACGAUCCCUCUCCUCUGAGUGGGGCUGUGGUGUACAAAUACAACAGAGAGAGGACAGCCAUGCUGCCGUCCUGACUGCCUCAAUGCAAGCUGUCACUUUAUUAUUACCAUUCCAUCCUUUAGAAAUCAGCCUCCUCAGAAAACUGGCUCUCUGAACAUGGGACCAGCCCAAAACAAACAAGCGUGCAGGCAAGCAAGCAAGGUACUUUAUUCAGAUGUCUAAUAAGGUACUGGAGGGAACUGCUUUAUGUGUUUGUGACUGACGUGCUUGUUUCUGUGUAGAAACCACUGUGUAGACUCACACUGGCCUCCACAGCUCGUCUAAGCUGGGUGUGUAACAUAUUUAAGUUACUUUAAGUUACACAUUUCUGUAGUGAUAGGACCUCUGACAAUGGCAGAACUGCGUCCUCCGCAGUGUCUAACUGAGUCAUGCUAUUGAGUGUAGUAAGGGAAUGGCUGAAGUGCUGUAUAGGGGAUAUGUAAUCUGUUGAUGUACUCAUACUCAUGACACCUCACUUUGCUACACUGAUAAAUGUAAAUGUUGCACUACUGAUUUCUGAAGGAUGCAUUCACUAAAACAUUUGAUUUGGGGGGGGGGGUGUUAUAAUUCCUAUGCCUUUUUAAAAGAUUAAACUGCAAAACGUUAGCACUGUCCACACUAACACAGUGCUAACGUUUUGCAGUUUAAUCUUUUAGAGCGUCUCAUCCAAUAGGAGGAGACCUGGAUUAUUGCAGUCCUUAGGCAAGUUCUUGAAGAAAGUUCGAAAGGUCAAAGUGACCUCUGCUUAACUAACCAAUCUGAUGAUACUUUAGGUGGAUUUGAAGUUGUUAAGCGAACUGCGACUGCAGGUCCUGGGGAUGCACGUUGUCACAGUGCUGACAGUGCUGACUAAUGUUGGCGGUUGUCGUUAGAGGCUAUAUCUGGAGACUGCAAGUCAGGACUUCAAAGCUUAGCAUGGACAUCUGUUAUUCUACAUGAUGUAGGUGUAGCUUAUAGUGAUUGUUUUUCUUUCUUUAAAUCAUUUUCCAUUU